AUGAAGAUCCAGCUGCUGGUCUCUACAGGGAUCCUGCUGGUCGCUCUGCUGCCCUGCCAUGAGUGCCGAGCCCUCGGCAAGAGCGUCCCAGCCGACCCCGCUCUGCAGCAGCCGGAUCUCCUGCAAGAGCAGCCGCAGGCGCUGCCCAUCUUGCUCCGCGUGGGAGAAGAGUAUUUCGUGCGCUUGGGCAACCUGCACAAGACCCCCUCUCCCGCCGCCUUCUCCUUCUCCUCCUCCGCCUCGGGCGGCAGCCACCUAGCCGCGUCUGCUUCGGCCGGCAACUUUUUCCGAGCGGCCGUCCAGCAGCUGCAGAACGUGCGGGAGCGCUCGCUAGAGGGCGCCGCCGAGCCCUGGCCAAGCGACGACGACAGCGGCGCUCCCCUCGACGCCGCCCCGAAGGAGAAGCGCUCGUCCAAGGACUCGCCGAUCUCCAUAGACCUGACUUUCCACCUCCUCCGGCAACUCUUGGAAAUGGCCCGAGCGGAGCAGCUGUCGCAGCAGGUCGAGAGCAACAGGAAAAUGCUGGAGACCAUCGGGAAAUGA